AUGGCACUGCUGAAGCAGCUCAUCGCCCUGGGUACUGCACUUGUCCCGACAACAUUGGCGGCCAACAGUGGAGACACGGCAGCAGCAGCAGCAGCAGCAGCAGCAGCCGCGGGGGACAUAUUACAUCAGAUCCCAGAAUACCUCUCCAACAUCACCGAGCGAGCCUUGUUCCACCCCAAGGGCUGGUACGACCCCAAGAUCUGCGCCGGCGACGACGACAAGUGGUGUCUGUUCUCGAGCCGGGAUGUCGCGAGCGGCAGGGGCCUGGUCGUGAUCUCGACGCCCAGCAACUUCCAAAAGAUCCGGCGCCUCGAGGUCAUCAUGAACAAGGUGCAGACCAAAGCAUCUGGCCCGUUCAGGGACGACAAGGUUGAAGCGGGACGCAUCGGCGUCGUGGCCACGGAGCAGAUCAAGCGCGCGACCAAGCUGAUGGAGCUGCCGCCCGUCUUGAUGAUACACAAGACGUUCCUCGACGAGGCGGACAAGCGCUCGCAGGAACACAUGAUCUCGGCUGCACUGUCCCUCCUGCCGGGAGAGACGCGAGCGCUGGUGGAAGCGGCGGCGGGCAGGUCGCGGCUCGCCGCCAACAGCAGCAUCGCGGGCGUGCUGCGCGCGCACCCGCUCGAGGCCAGCACCGGCGCCACGCACUGGGACGGGCCGGACCACGGACGCCACCUGGCGCUGUACCCGGAGGUCCUGGCGCUGGCGCACGACUGCCGGCCCAACGCGGCGUUCUACGUGGACGGCGCCGAUCACAGCCUGCACGUGACGGCGGCGCGCAAGAUGCGGCCCGGGGAGGAGCUGUCCGUCUCGUACGUCAACCCGCGGCUGGGACGGGCGGAGCGCGAGGCGGCGGCGCGCAAGAUCUGGGGCCGGCCGUGCGGGUGCGCCGCCUGCACGGGCAGCGGAGGGGAUCUGCAGGCGCUGGCUGCGGCGGACGCUCGGGCGGCGGACCUGGCGGCCAUCGAGGCGGAGCUCAAGGAUGCCGAGAGCACGGCCGUCACCGAGGAGAUGCUGCGGCGCUAUGUGGGCUUGCUGGGGCAGGACGGCCUGCAGAGCAGGAUGGCCGAGGCUUACGAGCUGGUGGCGUACAAUUACGGGUAUCUGGGCGUCGAGCACAUGGCCACGAGGUUCGGGAACCUGGCCAUCCAGGCGGCGACCAUCGAGCAGGGGAGGGAUUCCAAUGACGUUGCCGCCUUGAGGGUGUUUGUUAAUGGUGUGACGGAGCAUUACAGCUGGCGGUGGAAGAUCAAGAGGCCCGCGGCGCCGUCGCCAACACAGGCCGAACUCAAGGUCGAGAAGUGCCGCUACUAUAAGAAGGAGGCCGUCGGCCUUGACUUUGGGGGUCUGGUCGUCGACGUCAAGGCCGCAUCCAAGGGCUCCAUCUUCCUAGAAUAA